AGCUCCAUCUACAGACUGUGUGGGGCACAUACUCACCAUAGCUAUGGCAGACACCUCAACCUUGAGUGAUGCUGUUGUGCUUGAGGAUGUGCAGGUGCAGGAUCUAGAACGCCUUCCUCCGCAGGAUAUGAUCAUCAACCUGCACUUAAAACGAGAGCUGAUAGAAGAAGGGAAGCAGCGGGUGAAAGCGUUGAAAAAUCAGAUACGGUGGGACAAUGUCGCAAAGGACAUUCUGUGGAUCCGCAUCCGUGAUGCGUGCUGGUCACAGAUGUCAGAACACAUGCUCAUUCUCUCUGGAAUAGGAAAGCGAGACUUGACUGUGCCGAGUUAUCCUCUGCGUGCAUGGGGUCCAAAGGAGCGCCGGCAAGUACAUGUGAUAGAGUUCUUAAGAGGCGUCGAAGCGGAAGAAAUGAAGCUGAGAACGAAGAACCAUGGUGUCGCUGGGAUCAUCAAGAGACUCCUGUUUGUGGAUAUGUCAUCUAAGGGACAUGCUAGCGUGGCAGCAACUGUUCUUCUUGAAUUACCAGUUAAGAAUACUCCAGUUCUGCAGUCAGAUGUGAAUUCGUUACCCACCAAGAGCAGUAAUCAGGAGCCUUCUGGACGGCUAAGCAUCAGUACAGUUGUAAAAGGGGUAGAUCUUCUAGGAAAUAGGCAAGAAGUGCCUGGGGUCGAAUCAACAAUACACGACCUGGAGCUUGAUGGAGAGGAGAUCACCUUAAUGGGAGGGAGGGAAGGAGCAGGAGGAGGAGGAGGAGUCUCGCAUCAGUCGGGUCAAUCGGGUGGUGGUCAUGGAGAGGAGAGACUUGUCAAAAUGGAUGAUGGAAGAACGGAAAGGCGAGUUUCAACCGUCAGGCCAGUAUCCAGCCUGUCAGCCAGAGAAGGGUCAGUUGGGGAAGUAGGGUCAUCGAGCAUCGUAUCCAAAGCAGGAGGCAUAAGGAGGCCACGUACUUCAGUGGAGGUAGACGUAGGGAGUAAGUCUGGAGGAAUAAACAAUGAGCUGCUCAGGGGACGGAUGUCAGGGAUUGGAGGAAUGCUGACGUCUGCAGGGAUGGUCGUCGAUGCUAUUGAUGAACAAGAAGAGAAGGAAGGGGUUUCCAGGGAGGGUGGAGGACGAGGAGGGGAGAGUGGUGGAGCUGGGAAAGGUUCUCGCCGGGAUUCUCCAAGAAUGCGAAAAGCUGAAGCUAGUGGAAGGCAUGACAUAUGGGAUGAUGACGAGGACAUAGUUGAUGAGGUUGAGGAGAACGCUAACAAACUGUAUGCAGAUUACCGGCUUUAUUGCUCAACAAGGAAGCGUACUCAAAUGAUUCUGCUGAAGGAUGAAAUGCACAGGAGAAGGACGGAUUUCAAUAAGGAAUGCAGAAACACACUGCAGAAAAAAGUUUCAAGCUGGGACCUUAUUGCUGAGAAGGAAGGAAGGAUACAUGAAAUAGAGGUGGCUAUAGAGGACGUUGAAAAGGAGAGGCAGGCUUAUGAGCAGCUCAUGGUCUAUACCAAAAAGCGGGAGGAGAUGUACCUUGGUAGCACCUUAGGGGGUGGAUUUAGUCGAGAGACAGGAGUUUCAAGUGGUGGAGAACUCCGUGCACGGAAGUAUGGGGGGAGCUAUGGAGAGAUGCAACUAAGUGAGAGUGAAGAACCAGAAAGAUUAUUGGUUGUAGAGGACUCAGAGAUCAAAGCAGAUAAGCAACUUACUGAGGAGGAGAGGAAGAAGAAGGAAAAGGAGGAGGCAGAACUAGAAAUGCUAAGGAAACGAGCAGAACAGAACCAGGCAAUCAAGAUGGCCUUGACAGACAUGAUGGGCGGAACCUUGGAGAGAAAACAGGCUGGCAAAAUCGAGCUCCAGUAUGAUGCUUGGAUGGAUCUCCCACUUCGACAGCUUUCUGAUGAGCAGGUACGGAAGAUGAAAGAAUUUGAAGAGAAGGUGAAGCCACUUGUCAAUGAUCGAAUACGCAGGAGAAAGGCACUUGAGGUGUAGUACCAUAGCCCAUUUCCUGUUCAAGCUUUCCUGAAUUUAAGUGGUCCUUCAUUUGUCAUCUUGAAACUUUCUGCCAGUUGUUUCAUCUCGUUGUUGUUGAGCUAACCACGAUGUUAUCAAGUUCACCUUCGUGUUGUUGAAGGUUUCAUUUCAGAGUUUUUUGUGUGGGAUUUUUCAAUCAUUUUUGCCUUUUUGUGUUGUGAUUGAAGAUUUGGCUACCAUCUUCACCCGAACAGAACGCCCGGUCAUUAUAGCUGUAUUUGGCACAACUUUCAGCCCAGAUACGGCGAUAAUUACCAGGCGUUCUAUUCGGGUGAAGACGGUAGCACGAUGACUCAGAAUAGCUUUUCUUUUCCUAAUUUUUAAUCGUCCUUUCACCUUGCUUUGCGUUUUUGUUCCAACAAAAAUGGCUAACCAUG